GUUCAAAAUGGCGACGACAGCACCGACGUGGCCAACGCUGGCAUGGGACGACGUCCAAGCCGACCUUGAUGCAAUCCUCUCGACCAAGGCGACGGGUGCGCAAGAGGCGCCGCUAGCUUUGGAUGCGGAGGAUGGCAAGGCCGAUCCUUGCGGCGAUGAGCAGGCCAAGAUUCGGGCGCUGGCGACCGAGAUCUUCCGCGUCCAUGCCAGCCUCACGACCGCGCGCGAGCGCAUGCGCUGCAACGCGUCGCUCGUGCGUGUCAUCCAGACAUAUCUCAUGGCGUCCAAGAUGGAUCCCGCCGACUCGAACACGAAGGCCCUCGCGCUGCAAUGGCUCGCGUCCAACGCACACGACUGGGCGGUCACAACGUCGGACCUCGACGAGUCGGCGCUUCUCGACUGCAUCCGCGACGACAUCCUCCACGCUAGCACCAAGGACGACUUUUUGAAGCAUUUCGAGUCGGCGACGCACGAGUCCAUUUCCUUCCCCGUGCCCGCGCCGGCAACAACGGCGCCGCCAACAUCGUCGCUCCUCGGCCCGGUCCCAGAGGUGACGGCGAUCGAAGCGUACCAAGAUGCCAAGGACAUCCAGCGCGACCAGAUCCAAGUCAAUGGCAUCGUGUACCCUGGCAUCGUCGGCUACGACAGCCUCGUUGCAGCGCUCACCACGAUCAUUGCGAGCGUGCAUGGUAUCUACCGCGAGACGUCUCAGAAGCUGCCGCAGUACGAAGCCAUGGCCAAGCGCGUGCUCCACACGAUCAACCGCACCGAGUCGGGCGGCUCAUCAUACGAAGUGCUCAGUCGUUUGAUGCCACCCAUCGCGCUGCUUCGCCCCAACUCCAAGGACGCCAACGCCCUCGUCGUGGACAUAGACGUUGGGCCGUACGAAGCGGAGGCGCACGUGUGGUGCGUCGGCCUGCGCGUCCGCCUCCGUACGUCGACCGCCUACGUCGUUUGCGACGCCGACGACCCGACCGACGAGUGGUGUGCCAUCGACGUGGCCUAUCGCAACCGCCUCGCAUUUGCGUUCGGCGAGAGCCCGUACACGUCGACCUCGAAUGGCGCGCGCGUCGAUCGGGCGCGCAUCUCGCUGUCGGUCAUAAGUUAGAAUUUACCAUAGACGAGUGUGUCUAAUCGCUG